ACCCUCCAAUCACCUCAGGGUCCCAUUUGAUUGGAAGGCGGCAAAGGCUUUAAUCUCUGACUAAUUCAGCUGCUUUUGAAGUGAAAAUUUCUACCAGUUCGUACUUCGGGACUACAGAGGGAGGACCUGCAGUCAGGCGCACACACGGCGCAGCGCUCAUGGUGCCAGACGCAGACGCAGAUCUGCGAUAACCUCGCACCGUCUCCUUCCAGCUGCCGCGCCUUGCUCCUCUCUCCAGUCGGGAUUAUUACAGCAUUUUGCCUUUAUUUUGAAACAUUUCCUUCCUGCCAGAGAGGCUCGAUUACAUCUCCUGAUUUUCUUAAUGAAACUGGCGAAAGCAUCACCAUCUCAUUUCCUGACAAUUGGGACAUGAUCACGUCGCCCUCGGCGUCUGCCCUGAAAAAUAGUGAAAUUUGUGCAGCGUGGGAACGCAGCAGUCCUCGGAAUAGCAGUUCGGCGAGCAUCAACAAGCCUUUUCUCCACUCCGCACCUCCUUCUGAUCCACUACGACAAGCAAGGCGACUUCACAUCAAGGUUUUAAAAAUGCUUACUGCACGGUCAGGACACAUUUUGCACCCGGAAUAUCUGCAGCCCUUGCCUUCUACCCCAGUUAGCCCCAUCGAGUUGGACGCCAAGAAAAGUCCGUUGGCUCUGCUGGCGCAGACCUGCUCUCAAAUCGGCAAACCGGACCCGCCACCCUCUUCCAAAUUAUCCUCCGCUACACAAAAUGGAUCUAGUGAGAAGGAAUCUAAAUCCGGCCCUUUGAAACUUAGCGACAUCGGCGUGGAUGACAAGUCCAGCUUCAAACCUUACUCCAAACCGGCAGAUAAGAAGGACUCGUCUUCGGGCGUCUCAGGCGGAGAGAAGUCUGGUUUCCGAGUGCCGAGCGCCACCUGCCAGCCGUUCACGCCGCGGACAGGCAGCCCCAACUCCAGCACCUCUGCGUCUCCCAUGCCAUCAGAGGGGAAGUGCGGAGACAGGGAUGAAAAGAAAGAUUCUGACUGUAGUAAAAACAGCUCCGCGGACGGACCUGGCACCACGAGCCACAGCAGGAUAAGCGUGAGCUGUGGUGGAAUUAACGUGGAGGUCAACCAGCACCAGGAGGCGACCCCUGGCUCUAAAACCACCUCUUCCUCGGAGUCUUCCUCCGUAACUUCUGUAUCCUCUGCGUCCGUUCUUGGCUCAGGACUUGUGGCGCCAGUUUCUCCUUAUAAACCAGGACAAACCGUUUUUCCUUUGCCUCCAGCUGGUAUGACCUAUCCGGGCAGCUUGGCGGGGGCCUAUGCUGGUUAUCCUCAACACUUCCUGCCCCACGGAGGCAGCUUGGUCAAUGCACAGUUGGCUAGCUCCCUGGGCUGCAGUAAAGCUGGCUCCAGCCCGUUGGCCGGAGCCUCCCCGCCGUCCAUUAUGUCAGCCAGCCUGUGCAGAGACCCCUACUGCCUCAGUUACCACUGUGCCAGUCACUUAGCGGGCGCAACUGGCGCGUCUUGCACGCACGACUCAGCAGCUGCGGCUGCCGCAAACGCUCUGAAAUCCAGCUACCCACUAAUGUACCCGACCCACCCCAUCCACGGGGUCCACUCCUCGGCGCCAUCAUUUAGCGGACACCCCCUGUACCCCUACGGCUUUAUGCUCCCCAACGACCCUCUCCCCCACGUUUGUAACUGGGUGUCUGCGAACGGACCGUGCGACAAGCGCUUCUCCUCUUCGGAAGAGCUCCUGAAUCACCUGAGGACACACACUGCUUUUACUGGCGCGGAGAAGUUGAUAUCCGGUUAUCCCGGGUCUUCAUCACUGGCCAGCGCCGCUGCGGCGGCCAUGGCCUGUCACAUGCACAUGCCACCGUCAGGAGCCCCAGGGAGCCCCGGGACUUUGGCUCUCAGGAGCCCGCAUCACGCGUUAGGACUCAGCAGCCGCUAUCACCCCUACUCCAAAAGUCCCCUGCCAACUCCCGGUGCGCCUGUUCCAGUCCCCGCAGCCACCGGCCCAUACUACUCCCCUUACGCACUGUACGGCCAGAGACUCACCACAGCGUCUGCGCUGGGAUACCAGUGAGGAGGGAAAAGACUUUGAAAAGUUUAUAAUAUCAAGAAUGCAAAUAUUAAAUUAAAAAAAGAAAAACAGCAACUAAAACUUUUACUUUAACUGCGCUAAACUUUCUAAGCAGGAUCCGUGGUCUUCAACUGUAUUUAUUUAUAUGUCGGCUUAAAAGCAGGCGGUAACAGCUGCAUAUGGAAAAUAUUUGAGCAACUCAAAAAGUGCAUUUUGUUGAAACCGAACGGAGAGGAAAAAGUGGAAGAAAAAAAUCACGCAUAUGUUAGAAUACUGAUUAACGUAGGGGUCAUCAUUUCAUGUUGAUUUGAAACUGCUAUGAUUGUAUUUGUUAUUAUUUAAAUGUCCCAUUGAGAGGAACAAAAAUAAUUUACAUGCAUGUUUGUUUCUUAAAUUGAAAAAAAAAUCGUUCACAUUUUAAAUUGCCGUUAUUUUUCAGGUGUACCUGAUAAAAAGAGAAUUGAUAUUUUUUUGUAUGUAUUCUGGGAAAAAAAUAAGAAGCAAUUCUGUUCCAAAAA